AUGCAACUCCUCACCCUCUCCCUCCUCAUCCCCAUCGCCUACGUCUCCAUCCUCCUAGGCAGCAUGGCGACCUUCUCCUACCUCUACCGCUCACGCCAAGUGAACAAAAAGCUCCGCCUAGCCCCCUACUUCCCCGAACACACGACCCGCAACAUCUACCUCUCCCUCCUGCACCUGUCAGACUCGGACCCUGAUCACCCCGCCGAAACGGACAAACCCCCCAAAGUCCCAGACAGUGUCCUGCGAGCGGCCCUCCUCGCGCGCGCAUGCGACGACAUCCGCCGCAUCAUGGAGGUGCGCGUGCGCAAGCCCGCGCUCGCGGCCCUGCUCCAGCGGGGCGUCGUGGGGGAUGAGAUCUUCCAGCGGCUGCAGCGCGCGGAGCAGGAGCUCGAGCUGGAGAUCAAGGACGUGGUGGCCGAGGCGAACGCGCUGAGUGGUUCCGGGCAAGCAGGCACGUGGGGCCAGACGAUCUUCCAGAGCGCCAACGAGAUGGUGCAGAAUCAGAUGUUACGGGAGAAGUUGGAGGGGAUCAAGGCCGGGUUGCCGGCCGAGAGGGAGCGGUGGGACCGCACGCGCGAGAGUGCGAGGAAGGAGUUGUUGGGCGGCGUGGCCGAGAGUGAGGGUGGUGCUCUUGCUGCUGCGUCUACUUCUGCGUCGACGUCUACUUCUAUUCCAACCCCCGCUCCCGCGCCUACCGCUGCUACACAGGGCGCGAGCCUCAAGGCCGCCGCGGGGAGUAGCGAUGAGGAUGGAGUUAUUGUCGAGACGCCGAGCGCAGUCGCGGAGGUUCCGACGCCUGGAACAACUGGUGCAGGCGGAGGAGGCGGCAAGAACAAGAAGAAAAAGGGCAAGAAAUAA